UGUAUGGCUGAUCUCUAUAUCGCAUUUGCCUGAAAGCGAGAUCGGGUGGUGGCAAGUCACGGUGGAGCCCCCUGCCUCCCCGACACUCUGCUGGGGGGGUGGUGUUUUGGGAUGACUGUAUCCUGCCUCUCUCAGAAACAGUUUAAACUUGGGGGGUUUUUUUUGCAGUAGGAUCCCGUGGGACAGCCCAUUACACACCUCAAGCCACACUGGCUUUAGUCUGAGUGUAUGUGCGCAGCUAAUAGAUAUGUCCACCCUGUUGACAGAUCGAUAGAAACAUCUUGGCUGUUCUGUAGCCUUAUUUCACUGCAGACUGCUGCUCUGUAAAACAUGUCUGUUCCUGGAGGAGCAAUUCACCUUGGAGGAAACUGCAUGCCUGACUAACAUAUAAUUGGGUUGGGUAAUAAUUAACCUUGUUUCUGCAUUGUCUCAUCGUAAUUAUAUGAUCUUUGCUUGCUGACUGAGACGUUGGAAUUUCUUCCAAGCAUUCUUCAGAAAUGCAGGUUGCAAAAUCUUUGCAAAGAAAGCUGGGAGAACUUAAAUUAACAUCUAAUUAGUAAAUACAGUAGGUAGUAGGAGACAAAUCUAUAAGAAUCACUACAUGGGUUGUUACAUUUAACACAUUGAUGCUGUUCUAGGUAUCUGACACACCAUUUGUUCCAGAAAUACCAUAUUAGUGGGUCUGAUUGAAAAGCUGAAUAAGUAGUGAGAGACAUUGCACACUCACAAUAUGGGGAUGUAUGUAAAAAGAUUCUUUCGAACCUUAACAUUUCAAAUGGAUUCUGUGGAAAUCCAUUGCAGAAAUUUGCUUGUAGAAAGGUUUGUUUGUGAAUUUGAAGUUCUUAAGCAGUAUUUUAAAACUCUAGGAAUGAGAUUAGGAAUGGUUUCUCUGGUAGAUCUAGUUAUUUUGUUAUUCGAGUAAAACUAGCAAAAGGCAUUGAUGAUGCAGCUUUAAUAAAACCAACCUUGCUAUUUGAAGACUUUUUAAUCCUUUUAGGUUUUCAUACCUUUGUAGCCGAAAAGCACUUUGUAGAAAGAGAGCAUGUAGAAUAUAUGGAAAAUGGUUUCCAUGAAGUCACAGAAAUAGCUGUGGUUUUUUAGGGGUGCCUGCUGUUUUAAAUACCUAAUAAGCAUUUUGUUCUUCUCCUUCAGCUUAACCCAAAUGUAAGUGUAUUUCAGAGAAAAUUUGUGAAUGAAGUAAAGAAGUGUGAAGAAAUGGAAAGAAUACUUGGAUAUUUAGUACAAGAAAUUAAAAAAGCGGAUAUUCCACUUCCUGAAGGAGAUGUUGCUCCUCCUGCUCCCUUGCUGAAACACAUUUUAGAAAUCCAGGAACAGUUGCAGAAGCUGGAGACAGAAUUGAGGGAAGUAACUAAAAACAAAGAAAAGUUGAGGAAAAACCUGCUUGAACUGACGGAAUACACGUGCAUGUUAGAGGUCACGCAAAGAUUUGUCAGGAGAACAGCUGAGUAUGAAUCCCAUUUACAUGCAAAUUAUGAAGAAUUUCCAUCUGUGGAAAACGAGCCGUUAGUGGAUUACAACUGUAUGCACAGAUUGGGUGCCAAGCUGGGAUUCAUAUCUGGGUUAGUUCACAUAGCAAAAGUUGAAGCAUUUGAAAAAAUGCUGUGGAGAGUCUGUAAAGGAUAUACUAUUCUUACCUAUGCAGAGUUGGAUGAAUGUCUGGAAGAUCCAGAUACAGGCGAAACCACAAAAUGGUUUGUUUUUUUAGUGUCCUAUUGGGGUGAACAAAUUGGCCAGAAAGUUAAGAAGAUUUGUGAUUGCUAUCACUGUCAUGUGUAUCCCUAUCCAAAUACCAUGGAGGAGCGCAAGGCAGUUGUUGAAGGACUGAAUGUUCGUAUUCAGGACCUUCAUACUGUGCUGCAUAAAACUGAGGAUUACUUACGCCAAGUCUUGUGCAAAGCAUCUGAAUCCAUCUAUACAUGGGUUAUCCAAGUGAAGAAGAUGAAAGCCAUUUAUCAUGUACUCAACCUGUGUAGUUUUGAUGUCACAAAUAAAUGUUUAAUCGCUGAGGUUUGGUGUCCGGUGGCUGAUCUGCAGAAUUUGCGCCAUGCGUUGGAGGAAGGUUCAAGGAAGAGUGGAGCUGCAAUUUCUUCAUUCAUGAAUACCAUCCCAACAACACAACCUCCUCCAACUUUAAUACGUACCAAUAAAUUCACCUCAGGGUUCCAAAACAUCGUUGAUGCUUAUGGAGUUGGAAACUAUGGGGAAGUUAAUCCAGCUCUCUAUACCAUCAUCACUUUUCCCUUCUUGUUUGCGGUUAUGUUUGGAGACUUUGGGCACGGUCUGCUAAUGUUCAUAUUUGCACUCCUGACCAUAUUGUAUGAAAACCACCCUAGAUUACAAAGAUCACAAGAUGAGAUAAUGAAAAUGUUAUUUGAAGGCCGAUAUGUUAUUUUACUAAUGGGCCUGUUUUCUGUAUACACUGGAUUGAUCUAUAAUGACUGUUUUUCAAAGUCGUUAAAUAUAUUUGGUUCUGGAUGGAAUGUUUCAGCAAUGUUUGAACAGAAGGUUUGGAGUCUUGAGGAUCUGAAGUAUAAUCAAUUUUUAACACUGGAUCCAAAUGUUACUGGUGUAUACAAUGGAGCUUAUCCAUUUGGAAUUGAUCCGAUCUGGAAUUUGGCAAGCAACCGUCUCAGUUUUUUAAAUUCUUUCAAAAUGAAAAUGUCUGUGAUUUUUGGAGUAACUCACAUGACGUUUGGAGUUGUAUUGGGUGUAUUUAACCACUUGCAUUUCAAGAAGAAGUAUAAUAUUUAUUUGGUUUUUCUUCCUGAACUUUUAUUCAUGAUGUGCAUCUUUGGCUACCUUGUGUUUAUGAUCUUCUUUAAAUGGUUAGCGUACUCUGCAGAGGACUCCACAUCUGCUCCUAGUAUUCUGAUUCAGUUUAUUAACAUGUUCCUGUUUACUGGUGGUGAAACGGAGGUCUUCUACACCGGGCAGGUUGCUCUACAGAGGUUUUUACUUAGUAUUGCUUUUCUUUCUGUUCCUGUAAUGCUUUUUGGUAAACCACUUUAUUUAUAUUGGUUGCACAGUGGAGGCCGAGGCAUUAGGAUGUACAGGAGUGGCUACAAGCUAAUUCGAAAAGAAAGUGAAGAAGAACUUUCUCUGCUGAGAACUCAUGAUGUAGAAGAAGGAAGCAGUCAUUCAGACAGUGGGCACCGAGAGGAGGAUGGAGAAGAGCUUAAUUUUGCAGAUAUUUUUAUGAAUCAAGCAAUUCAUACCAUUGAAUAUUGCCUAGGAUGUAUUUCUAAUACAGCCUCAUAUCUGAGACUCUGGGCAUUAAGUCUUGCUCAUGCACAGUUAUCAGAAGUUCUAUGGCAAAUGGUGAUGAGAGUGGGCCUUCGUGUGGAUACAACCUAUGGUGUCUUACUGCUGGUCCCUGUUCUAGCCUUUUUUGCUGUGCUAACAGUUUUUAUUCUUUUGGUCAUGGAGGGGCUUUCUGCUUUUCUCCAUGCUAUACGACUUCACUGGGUGGAAUUUCAGAACAAAUUCUACUCUGGUGGAGGAUACAAGUUUACACCUUUCUCUUUUAAGCACAUUUCUUUACAUUUUAAUAAAGAUGAUACGGCAUAGUUUGGUUGCUGUCAGCAGAAAUGUUUGGAAUUGUCUGCAAAUAAUCAUGUGAUUGGAUCUCACCUGUGAAUGGUUUCCUGUAGGACAAAGUGUUUUUCACUUCUUGCCUUAUAAUGCAGCCAAAUAAUUCUGUAACAUAUACCUCCCAUAGAAAUACAUAGCCAAUUUGGAGCAUCUUGUAAAGUAUACAGAUAUAAAAUGUACAUUUUUCUUGAUAAACUAAUGUUGUAAAUUAAUUUUAUUCUUUAAAAAAAAAAAAAUUGUUACUGCUUGUCCUAAAACCAGUGUAGGUGUGUUUUUUUUGUUGUUGAGGCUGCUUAUUUUCUUGAAUGGUUACUUCUAAGUUAUCUAAAAGACUUUUUAUCAUAUUAAACAUUAAUUACUAAUCACGUACUUAACCAAGCUACCCUCUCAUGGACUUUGGGAACAAUUCAGCAAUGCAACAGAAGCAAUGUAUGUUUUCAGUAUCUAUUCCAGAAGGAUUAUGAAAUGUAAAUUUAUACAUAGCAAUGCAACGUGCUUUUUUUUGGCCAUAUUUAAAAUUGUACUGAAAAUCUUAACUGUUUAUUCUGAGUUCUGCCCAGAGUUAUUACUUGAAAUAGCACUGUGGCUUCUGAAAGAUUUAAUGUUAGGGAAGAAGGCAGGGUUAGAAGUGGAAACUGGAAGUAUUGGCCCUCUUCUUUCCCUGUAGUGAGGAGCUUUCUGCUCCGCGCUGUUCUGCAAGGUGAGUUGUGUGCGGCCCAUCACCUACGCUGACCUCGAUGGCUGAAAGCCUCAGAAAAAGUCUUGUGCUGUCUGGAUGAGGACUCAAAGAAAAGAAUCAAGAAAUUGUUAUCCCAGGUUCUGUUUUUACAGUGUGAUCCCAGGCUGAGUUUCUACUCCUUGGAAUAACUUUGGCACAGGGACCGUGUUUCUGUUUGGCUGUAAGGACAUACAGACAGUGUUACAUGAUGUUGAACCAAAGUUUAUAGCGAAUAGGCGGAAAGAGGUCCUUUUGUAUUAUUUUGUAUCAGUGUGAAAAUGGGGAUAUUACCAUAACGUUUUAACAUCUCUGCUGUAAGA